CGUGCACACGAGUAUGAAGAAGUUCGUUGCCAACAUGGCGGCCCCCGUGGAUGAAAUAUUUUCCUUUUGCGUGGAUCCUGACAAAGUUGCAGGCGGGGUGCAAGUGCGAUUUAUUGACAACGUCAAGGGGAAAGGUCUGUUUGCCAAGAGAAUCAUCAAGAAGGGAGAGGUCAUUUUCAUUGAGCACCCGCUUGUCUGUGCCCAGUUCCUGUGGAAUGCUUUGUAUGGAUAUAAAGCAUGCGAUUACUGUUUGCGAGCUCUGGAGACAGCGGAGGAAAAUGCUCGGAGACUCACAGGCAAUCCAGCACUCAGCCUUCCUUAUCCGGAACUCUGUCCCGUUCGACCGCAGCUCCACCUAGUCUGCCCUCACUGUCAGGUGAUGUACUGCAGCGCUGAGUGCCGCCAAGCUGCGGCGGAUCAGUACCACCGGGCGCUGUGCCUUGGGCCAUCCUAUGAAGAUCCAGACCACCCUGUCAACAAGCUGAAAGAUGCCUGGAGGAGCAUGCAUUACCCUCCAGAGACUUCCAGCAUCAUGCUUCUGGCCAGAAUGGUCGCCACUGUUAAACAAGCCAAAGACAAAGCACACUGGCAGAAGCUCUUCUCGUGCUUCUGCAGUCGCACAGCCAAUGAGGAAGACGAGCUGGCCCACAAACUCCUCGGGGAGAAGUUCUGGGGUCAGCUGACAGUGCUACUGAGUCUUUUCAAAGAGGCGCUGUAUGAUGAUCAGCUAAGUCAGUGGUUUGUUCCCGAAGGCUUCCGCUCUCUUUUCGCUCUGGUCGGCACUAAUGGACAAGGCAUCGGCACAAGCUCUCUGAGUCAGUGGGUUCACGCCUGCGAUGCACUUGAGCUUCCUGCCCAGCAGAGAGCGCAGUUGGACUCCUUUAUCGAUCAGUUGUACAAAGACAUUGAGAGAGAAACGGGAGACUUUCUAAACAGUGAAGGCUCAGGACUCUUUCUAGUCCAAAGCUCAUGCAAUCACAGCUGCGUGCCCAAUGCCGAGGCUUCCUUCCCUGACAACAACUCCCUGCUUCACCUCAGUGCCCUCUGCGACAUCGAUCCAGGCCAGGAGAUCUGCAUCAGUUACUUGGACUGCUGUCAACGGAGCAGAAGCCGCCAUAGCAGGCACAAAACUCUGAGGGAGAACUACAUGUUUGUCUGCUCAUGUGCCAAGUGUGUCUCCCAGACGGACGAGCCGGACGUGACGUCAGAGGAGGAAGAGGACGAUGAAGAAGAAGCCGAGGCCGAAGUUGCAACGGAAGGUGACGAGAUGGAAGACGAGAUGACGGAUGUGUGAUUUAUU